AUGUUUGUUAAGAACUAUGUCGAAUUGCCAGUUUGUACUUGUGACAAAUGUGAGUGUGAUGCUGCGUGCUUAUGGGAGAAAUUGCAGCAUAGGAGCCGUGUUACGAAGUUCUUGAUGAGUCUUAAUGAGUCGCAUGAGCAGACUCGCCGUCACAUUCUGAUGAUGAAGCCUAUUCCAACGAUUGAGGAGACUUUCAAUAUAGUCACUCAAGAUGAGCGUCAGAAGCUUCUUCGACCCGUGUCUAAUGUGGUUGCCUUUAACAUGAAUACUAGUGGUUAUGAUGGUCAAGGUCAUGGUGAUGAUCCCAAUCUUGUGGCUGCUUAUAUGGGCAGAGGAACUCAGAAACCUGUUUGUACGCAUUGUCGAAAGAUGGGACAUACUGUUCAGAAGUGCUUCAAGAUUCAUGGUUUUCCUCCGGGAUACAAAACAAAUACUUAUGCAUCGAAGCAGCAACCUUCUGGUCAACAGAGAAUGCCUCCGGCACCAUCUUCUCAGUCUCAGUCUCACAUGCCUACCUAUUCAGCUAAUGUUCAGUCAGCAAAUGCCAUUGCGAACGUCUAUGCUGAUGCAGGGGGAUCUUAUGCUUAUGCACCUGUUCCAGUUGCUAGUGGAGAUACUACAGUGAGCAUUCAGAAUUAUUCUCCACAACAACUUCAAGACUUAGUGGCACAGUUUCAUUCUCAGGUGAAAGUUCCGGUUCCUGUUGCUCCUCCUUCGCAGACGGCUACGAUCACAGAUCAUGGGGUCAUGGCUCAGUUUUCUACUUCUGGUAAUGUUUCAUUUCCUUCUACCAGCCUUCGUUAUGCAAACAAUGACCUUACCUUUCAAAAUCAUAGCCUUUCCUCCUUACAACAACUCUUGCCUAGUGAUGCUUGGAUCAUAGAUAGUGGAGCCUCUAGUCAUGUAUGUUCUGAUCUAGCUAUGUUUAGCGAACUUACACCUGUAGCUAGUGUCACUGUCACUCUUCCUAAUGGUACUAGAGUUCCUAUCACACACACAGGCACAAUUCAUAUCACUGAUUCUUUGAUUCUCUAUGACGUUUUGCAUGUUCCUGCAUUUCAUUUCAAUCUCAUCAGUGUUAGUUGUUUGGUUCGUACUUUGUUGUGCUCUGCUCAUUUCUAUCCCACUUGUUGUUUCAUUCAGGAACUUUCUCAGGGCUUGAUGAUUGGAAGGGGUAAACUAUUACACAAUCUAUACGUUCUGGAUACUCCGACGCAUACUACCUCUUCUUCAUCAUUGCCUUCUUUCUGUGGUUCUGUUUUGGUUGAUGAUAAUGUUUGGCGUCAGCGUCUUGGCCAUCCUUCUCUUCCUACCAUGCAGAAGUUGAAAGCUGCUUUACCUUCUAGUGCUAUUGUUUCUGAUUCUUUUCAUUGUUCAAUUUGUCCUUUAGCUAAACAAAAGCGUCUUGCGUAUGUUUCUCAUAAUAAUUUGGCUUCUAAGCCGUUUGAUCUAGUUCAUAUUGAUAUCUGGGGUCCGUUCCAUAUUGAGUCUGUUGAAGGAUUUCGUUAUUUUUUACUUUGGUUGACGAUUGUACAAGAACGACUUGGUUAUACAUGUUGA